CGAGAUGCCUCUGCGUGGUCAUGCCCUGACCGUCGGUAUUACUGCCACAUGUGGCUUCUCCUUCAUGCUCUUCGGCUGGGACCAGGGUGUAUUCGGAGGCAUAUUGAACAACCAGACCUUCGAAAAACAAUUCGACUACCCCAAUGCCCUCAUACAAGGUCAGAUUGUCUCUACCUACGACAUUGGGUGCAUACUCGGUGCAGUCAUGUCUCUCUACUUCGGUGACCAUCUUGGUCGACGUCGCUCAGUCGCCAUGUCCUCCAUGUGGGUCAUCCUCGGAGGAGCCAUACAAGCCUCGGCCUUUUCACUCCCUCAAAUGAUUAUCGGCAGAAUCAUCGCUGGUCUGGGAAUCGGACAAAGCACUGCAGUAGUACCGAUGUGGCAAGCUGAGACCAGCAAGCCCGAGCAUCGUGGCAAGCUCGUUGCUCUACAGCUCGUGAUGGUCAUCUUUGGCAUAUCGCUGACCAACUGGAUCAAUCUUGCUAUGACUUACGUGCUGGACAACGAGGUGACCUGGCGCUUUCCUCUUGCCAUGCAAUGCUUCUGGGCUGUAGUCACCAUCAGUCUGCUGCCUUUCAUGGUAGAAUCACCUCGAUGGCUCUGUUACAGAGAAAGACAUGCAGAGGCACGUACUGUGCUUGCGCGCUUGGCGAAUCUCGACGAAGAUGAUCAACAGGUUGCUGGAGAGCUGAAAAUCAUUUCCGAAACAAUCGCCGCGGAGAAGGCUGGCGGCAAGAUUGCGUGGUCGGAAGUUUUCUCUGGAGGUGAACAACAGAACUUUAGGCGUAUUGUUUUGGGGGCCGGGACCUCCAUCUUCCAACAGAUGGGGGGUAUCAAUGUGGUCGUGUAUUACUUCCCCGUCAUCCUCACCGAAUCUUUCGGCUUCAGUCCCAGACUCGCGCUGAUACUCUCUGGCGUCGACUUCAUCUCCCUCAUGUUCUGGGGAUCUUGCGCAUCACUCUUGAUUGAUCGCUUUGGACGUAAACCUCUAAUGCUGUUUGGCGCGAUCGGUUGCGGUAUCUGCUUCACACUGGUAACGGUCGGUCUGGCUCUCGGCACAAAACCUACUCUGGCCAUGUCUGUGUCCUUUAUCUUUGGGUACCACUUGUUCUAUGGCGUAUCAUUCCUCUGCAUCCCAUUUCUCUACCCGUCCGAGAUCAACUCGUCUCGCAUGCGCAGCAUUGGCAAUUCUAUCGCCAUGGUCACCAACUGGCUCUUCGUCUACGUAGUGGUCCUUAUUACCCCAAGUGCCAUCACCAACAUUGCUUGGAGAUUUUACAUCAUCUUCGCCGUAUUGAACUUUGCAUGGUUCCCAAUCAUAUACUUCUUCUACAUUGAGACCAAAGGACUCUCUUUGGAGGAAGUGGAUCUCAUGUUCAAGAUUAGAUACCAUUCGACCACGAAGAUGAGCUAUGAGGAGGCUGCUGUACUUGCCAAAGAGGAAGCGAACGUGAUGCGCCAAGGUGGUUCGGUGGUGGCCACGGAAACGAAGGGGACGAAGGAUUUUGUUGAAAGAAGAGAAUACGUGGGAGAUGGUCGUAUGUAGAUGAGUUCUUGGACCUUG